AUGUCCUCGUUCCCUGUUCCAAGCAUCGACCACCCGUUCGGGGUCGAUCUCUACCCCUACGUGGAAAGGCUCUUUGCGGUGCUCUCGCAGGGCCGCUUCGUGAUGUCGGAGUUCAAGUUUGUGGCCGGCGAGACGUUUCUGUCGACGCCGCAGGAAGUCUUUGGCGCCAUCGCCGUGUACUACACGGUGAUCUUUGGCGGAGACAGACUGAUGAAGAAGCUGAACGUGGCGCCGUUUGUUCUCAACGGGAUCUUCCAGGUGCACAACCUUUUUUUGACGACUUUGUCGCUGAUCUUGUUCCUCUCGCUCGUCGAGCAGCUUGUUCCGCAGAUCUACCACCACGGGCUCUUCUACGCCAUCUGCGACAAGAACGCGUGGACACAGAAGAUGGUCGUGCUCUACUACAUGAACUACUUGACCAAGUACGUCGAGUUCAUUGACACCGUCUUCCUUGUCUUGAAGCAGAAGAAGUUGACCUUCUUGCACACCUACCACCACGGUGCUACGGCGCUCCUCUGCUACACCCAGUUGAUCGGCACCACCCCGAUCUCGUGGGUCCCCAUCUCCCUCAACUUGUUUGUCCACGUCGUCAUGUACUGGUACUACUUCCUCGCCGCCAGAGGCAUCCGUGUCUGGUGGAAGGAGUGGGUCACCCGCUUCCAGAUCAUCCAGUUUCUCAUCGACUUGGGCUUCAUCUACUUUGCCGUCUACAUCAAGGUCAUGUACGACUACAACCCCAAGUAUACCGCCAACUUGACCUGCUCUGGAACUAGAUUGGCCACCUUGUCUGGCUGUUCGAUCAUCUCCUCUUACUUGGUCUUGUUCAUCGCCUUCUACAUCGAGGUUUACAGAAAGAAGUCCAAGAAGUCCAAGGUCGUCCAAAGAGUCCGAGGCGGUGUCGCAGCAAAGGUCAACGAAUACGUCUUGUUGGACAAACAGACCCUCCAACAGAAUUACGAUUCCAACACCGGCUCCCCAAUUCCAACCCAAAGAAGACGUUUCAAGGCCGAAAAAAAACAGUAG